AUGAUUAUCCAAGAAGCCACAGAUCACAUUCACGAGAUCCAAGUAAUCGACGGUCACAUUCAUGGGGUCAUCAAAGUUGUCAUUAUCGACAUAGGCGAAAUGGGUCUCGACAUAGACGAAAUUCAGAUCGCGAAGAAUCUCAACAUGGUCGUAAAAGUCAACAUUCUCAAUUU